UUUACUGUUGAGUAACUGCAUGCUGCUCUGCCUGUGCUAGAGAGAGGGUGAGGGAGCGAGCUAGAGGGAAUAAAUCACUCUUCCUGGAUCUUAUCGGAGCCCUCUCUCACCUUCCCCUCUUCUCCUUGGACACCCCUUGCUUGUGGCUUGUGUCCAUUUAAGUUGGGGAGGCCCUGGAGAGGACACACAAUGGAGCGAAGAGCCUGUGGCAACUGGGCCGUUGUACUGCUGAGAGGGGGAUGGGGUAGAGAGAGGACCGGUUCACACAGCUAACACAGCCUGCCGGCUGUAGGCUCCCACAGCCUUUCCUCCCGCCUGGACCCACUGUUUCCGGGCUGGGGCCUUUUUCGUAGAACAGCAACCCACAAACUCCACUUGGACUACGUUAUGGAUUACUCGCCGUGUUCUAUGGGAUUUUAGGAUACAUACUGGAGCCCGAAGAAUAAAUCUCUCCCGUGUUUUGGAUGAGAGUAAAGGAAAAACAAACUUUUGUAUAAUUCUUUUGUGCCCUUUUUUGGUUUUUGGUUUCUGUUUCUGUUUAGUGGAAUUCAUAAAUGGAUUACAAGAUGCAUGCCAAGUCAAAUGAUUUGCUGGAUUUUCAAAAACUGGACGCCCUUCUGGAAAAAAUUGCACAUUCAGUCUCUGUGAAAAGAGAGUCCAGCGAGGAGUGCAAUGGGAUCAGCGGUGCUCUGUCAGUGGAGUCUGUGCCGGGGCCAAGACUAAACUGGUGUCCUGCCAACACCACUACCCCUGCCCCUGCUCCAGCUCCCGCUCCGGGGCCUGAGCCCACGCCCAACCCUGUUAGAAUGGGGGACGGCCUGGAUGCAGCGCAGAUGUCGGGCUGUAGCAGCAGCAGCCAAGGGCAGGCCCACCAAAUGGGCAACCCCCCACCUCCAGAGUACAUCAAUCCCAACAGGCCAAAGCGCCAGACCAAUCAGCUACAGUACCUGCUGAAAAUGGUGGUGAAGGCCCUGUGGAAGCACCAGUUUGCCUGGCCCUUUCAUGCACCAGUGGAUGCGGUCAAACUUAACCUGCCUGACUACUACACAAUAAUCAAAAAUCCUAUGGACAUGGGAACAAUCAAGAAAAGGCUUGAGAACAGUUACUACUGGAAUGCCCAAGAAUGUAUCCAAGACUUCAGCACAAUGUUUACCAACUGCUACAUAUACAACAAGCCUGGAGAUGACAUAGUCUUAAUGGCUGAGGCUCUAGAGAAGGCUUUCCUCCAAAAGGUCUCAGAAAUGCCUCAGGAAGAAACUGAGAUUGUUGUCAUGACAGGGAAAGGACGUGGCCGGGGCCGGAGAGAGGGAGGUCUGAGCUUGAAACCUGGGGCCAUCAUUGAUCCUUCGUCCACAACUCCUCAAACACGUGGUCUGUCAAACCUCUCAGCAGCACCGCAGACCAGAGGACCAGUGCACGGCCCGCCUUCACUACCUCCCCAGCCUUUGAUGCAGGCCCUGCCGUCCCACGUGCCCCCAAUGUUAUCCAGCCACGCACCACAGCUUGGAGCUCCCUACUCCCUGGGCCAGUCAGACUGUGCUCCUCAAGUUCCUAUGAUGACUUCUGUGCCUCCCCCUGCUCAGACUUCCCUUCCCCCAGCAUCCAUCCAGAGCACUGCCCCCAUGCUGCAGAACCCUAUAACCAUGACCAAACAAAGAAAGAGCCAGAAAAGGAAAGCAGACACUACAACGCCCACAGCAAAUGACCAACUGAGUGAAUCUUCACCAGCAGAGUCCAAAUCUGGGAAGACACUACCCAGGCGAGAGAGUGCCCGGCCUACUAAACUGAUGAAGAAGGAUGCUCCUGACUCCCAGCAUCACAUAGCCAUGGGGAUGGGACUGGGACCAAGUGGAGGUCAUAGCCCCAAACCACAGGAUCAGCUGGGAUACUGUGCUAGUCUUGUUAGGGACAUGCUGUCCAAGAAGCAUGCUGCUUAUGCCUGGCCAUUCUACAAACCUGUUGAUGUGGAAGCACUGGGACUACACGAUUAUCAUGAUAUCAUUAAACAUCCAAUGGACCUCAGCACCAUCAAGGCUAAGCUGGAGAACAGGCAAUAUCGGGAACCCCAGGAGUUUGCUGAUGAUGUACGAUUAAUGUUUUCCAACUGCUACAAAUAUAAUCCACCAGACCACGAGGUGGUAGCUAUGGCACGCAAGCUGCAGGAUGUCUUUGAGAUGCGCUUUGCCAAGAUGCCAGAUGAACCUGAGAGCAAGCCUCUGGUUUCUGCCCCAGCUCCUACACUUCACCAUCCUGCCCCUGUUAAGCCCCAGCCUCCUUUGGCCCACAUUGCCUCGUCUUCAGACAGCUCCAGUGACUCGUCCUCUGAGUCUGAGUCUUCCACAGAUGACUCUGAAGAGGAGAGAGCUCAGAGAUUAGCAGAACUCCAGGAACAGUUGAAGGCUGUCCAUGAGCAGCUGGCUGCCCUGUCCCAACCACAAGCCAGCAAACCAAAGAGAAAAGAGAAGGAAAAGAAGGAGAAGAAAAAAGAAAAGCAUAAGAAGAAAGGAGGCAUGCCUGGCUAUGUAGAUGAGAUUCAGGAUGCUACACCUGUUCCGCAGCUGUCCAAGAAGACCAAGACCAGUAACAAUAACAACAAAGAGGUUGUUCCCAAGAAGAAACCUAGUAAAAAGGAAGGGAUGAAAAACAAUCAUCCCUCCAAUCUGCAGCCAGUUCCCAGCCUGGAAGAUGACUUGGGGGCAGCUGGGUCAUCAGCUACAGGGGAAAAGUGCAAGCCUAUGACAUACGAGGAGAAGAGACAGCUCAGCUUGGACAUCAACAAGCUUCCCGGGGACAAGCUUGGCCGCGUAGUGCAUAUUAUCCAGUCCAGAGAACCGUCACUCAAAAACUCAAACCCAGAUGAGAUUGAGAUCGACUUUGAGACGCUAAAACCUUCCACUCUGCGUGAGCUGGAGAGAUAUGUGUCUUCCUGCCUCCGCAAGAAGAAAAAAGCUCCAGUUGAGAAGCCUGUGGAAUCCAUGGCUACCUCCAAAAAGACUGGAUCUUCUUCAGAGAGCAGUGGCUCCAGCACGGACAGUGAAGCUGAGGGCACAGGAAUAAUAAAACAGCAGAAGAAGAAGGGCCAGUCAGUAAAGGAAGGGAAGAAGACGCAUCUUCACAUCCAGAGUGGCCCUCCUCAGGCUGGGGUUCAUCCCCAGACUGCAGGCCUUCAGUCCAGUAGUCAAUUGAAGCAGCAGUAUCAGCCAUCUCCUGCAGGCUUCAUAGUUCCCCCUGUAGCUCCUCUGGAGUCUUCCCAGUUACUAGAGACUAGCUUUGACUCCCUGCCACCUUUCGGUCAGCCCCUCAUGCAUUUGUCGCACCACACGGGCAAUCCCUCUUCACCUGCGCCUCCUCACCUCAACGCUCAUUCUGCAGGGCCAGUAUCCCCUGAGACCCAUCCCUUCCUCAAUCAGCAUCCCAUCCUCCCAUCUCCAGCUUUGCACAGUUCCAUGCCUCAGCAGCCUUCUCGACCCAGUCACAAGGCAGCGCCUCUUCAUCCCAAACCCCCUCAGCAGCAACCAGCACCUCCUCCACAGCAGCAGCAGCAGCCAACCCUGCAGCAGCAGCAACAGCAACAACAACAACAACAACAACAGCAGCAACAGCAGCAGCAACAACAGCAGCAGCAACAGCAGCAGCAGCAGCAACAACAACAGCAGCAGCAACAACAACAACAACAGCAGCAGCAACAGCAGCAGCUCCAGCCCCAGUCAGUGGCACCACCCCAGCACCAGCUCUCCUCUCAGAUCCUUCACCUUCCUCAGCCCAUGCACCAGCGGCCUAUGUCCCCUCCAACACUCACACCCCAGGGCUUGCUGUCUUCCCAGCCUCCCCAGAUGUUGCUGGAGGAUGAUGAAGAGCCAGGGUCUACAACGCCUAUGAACCAAGUACAGUUAUACUUACAGCAGUUCCAGCAAACCCGUCAGACCCAACAGUCCAUGCAGUCGCUCCAGGCACAGGCUCGUCAGCAACAGCAGCAGCAACAACAACAACAACAACAACAACCAGGACAGACUUCUCUCCUGCAGUCUGUCCAGGGACAAUCUCAACUCUCCUCUCAGACCACGCUGCCUCUUACCCAGCUCCCUGUUCAGUCCCAGGCUCAGCCAGCCCCGUCACAUCAGGCCCCAUCACAUCAGGCCCCACCCCAACAGAUGCCUCUACACCAGGCCCGCCACAUGCAGCACACUCAGCAGCAGCAACAGCAGCCACAACCGCAGCAAAUGAACUACCAGCAGGGUCCUGGACUAGCUGGACAGUCCCAGGGAUCACAACACAAGAUAUCCAUGCCCCCCAACAAAGCACAGCAGAUCAUCCAGCAGCAGCAAGAACAGCCCUCGCCUCACCCAACCAAGGCAGACCCUUACAACACAGGUCACAUGAGGGACAACCCUUCACCUCUCAUGAUGCAUUCCCCACAACUUCCCCAGUACCCACCUGUGUCCCACCAGUCUCCACCUCACAACAUGCAGCCCAAAAAGCAGAGGGCCCCUGUGAAUCAAGGUGGGCUAAAAGAGGAGAAACUACCUCCGUCACCAGUAAUGAGAGGAGAGCCAUUUAACCCUGCAAUGAGACCAGAUCAUCACAAACAUCCUGAUAUCAAGCCUUCUCAACCAGGCCACGGCCAACAGAAUGUGAAGUCCAUGGACAGCUCGCGACCCGUCAUCCGUUCCUCAGAGCCGAGUGGGCCACCCCCCUCUCUGCAAGACAAGGAUAAGUUCAAGCAGGAGUCCAAGGCAUCAGUUGUCCCCAAAAAGGUACAGGAUGUGAAACUGAAGAAUAUGGGAUCAUGGGCCAGCCUGGCACAAAAGUCCACAUCUACGCCCUUAUCUGCAGUAAAGUCAUCAAGUGACAGUUUUGAGCAGUUCCGUCGUGCUGCCAGGGAGAAAGAGGAGAGGGAGAAAGCCCUGAAGGCCCAAGCUGAGCAGGCGGAAAAAGACCGACUACGCAGAGAGCAGGACAAACUACGAGGGCGAGAUGAAGAGGAUAUCAUGGAGCCAAGCAGAAGGGUGCACGAGGAGCCACGCAGGCGACUGGAGCAGCAGCACAUCCAAGCUCCGUCACAACAACACCAACACCAACAUCAACACCAACAACAGCAGCAGCAGCAGCAGCAACAACAGCAGCAGCAGCAGCAGCAGCAGCAACAGCAGCAGCAGGAGCCCCAGCCGGCUGCCAUUCAACAGCCUCCUCAACCCCCCACACCACCACAGCCCGCCACACAGAACCCAUUAGACCAACAGAGGGAGCUAGCGCGCCGCAGAGAGCAGGAGAGGAGGCGGCGAGAAGCGAUGGCAGCAACUAUUGACAUGAAUUUCCAAAGUGACUUAAUGGCUAUCUUUGAGGAGAACCUGUUUUGAGAAGAGGAGCAACUGAAACGUAACUGCAAAAAAUAAACACAAAAAAAAGCAAAAAAAAAAAAAGAAAAGAAAAUACUUGGAUGAUAUAAACUUCCUCUCAAGAGAUUUGGCAACCACAGAGGGAAACAGACUGUGUCUAGAUGUGACGGACCCUUGGAGACCGAGUACAAACGCUGGAGGGGCAGUCACAGCUUUGCUUUGCUGCCCCUGUGGGCAGAACACAUGCAACACGUGGGGAUAAUCUCAUUGUUUUGGAUGUCAUUUCCUGGGAAUUUGGCCUUGCCUGCCUGAUAUCUCAUAACAGGAGAAAGAGGACCCCUGUUUGCCUUUGUCACACUUAUGUCUUACAGUGUGCAUGGGCGCAACAAUAUAGUGCGAGAGUAAAGACAUCCCAAUAUCUAUGAAAAUGCUCUGAUAAUGUACUGACGGACAGACGGCAGAGGCGUUUUGAAACUGCCAGAUGUCUGAGGUGGUGAAGAAGACUGGUCUUUUAUGUUUUGUUUUGAUUGUUGUAAGUGAACACAUGAAAAGGUUGAGGGGGGCAACUUCCAUACUGUAAAUCAUGUAUAUUUCUCAGCAGAGAAGGUACAGUUUGCCUUACACCUCUUUCCUAAACAGACCAUUAUGUUCUGUGGCCUGCACACAUGGAAGAACCAAUAACAUUUACAACAGGAGAGGAGCUGUGCAGACCUUUUUUCAUCAUCUAGUAUCUACUGUAAAGAAGUAUUUUCUUAUACUACAAUAACUGUUUAUUUUGGAUCUUUCUUUUUUUUUUUCCUCUUUAGGUCUUUGAAUCUUCACAUUGACACACUCCACCACCUAUGUCUAUGCCAAACAACCCAUUAUCUUUUAUGCUAAAUUAAUUGUCCUAAAACAUGGUAGGGUAGCUAAAAAAAAAAAAAAAAAAAAAAAAAACCUGAAUAUAUAUAUGCAUUAUCAUCAAUCCAGCAAGUAUAUAUCAAAAACAGAAUCAGUUGGAGUUUUCAUCCUGCCGUGUGUUUUUCAUUUUAAAGCUAAACAGGAACUUGUUAGCAGAAGAAGGGAAAGGUCCAACCAUGUCUGAGCUUUAGUUGGAAUAUAAUUUCACUACAAGUGUCGCACCAUUAUUUGUAUUACACUUUAAGACAUAAUGUCCAUAUCAUUUGCCUGUUCACAACAGUCACACUACUGGAUCAGCUAAGAUAUGAGAAGAUAAGGAGCCCCGUGCUGUCCUUGCCCUGUGGGCGGUCUGAUCUUACAUAAAGGUUAUUGAUCAAAUGUCAACGGGCACGAAGAGGACAGGCCGGGAAAAAAGACAAAUAUUUAACAUCUUUCUGUUGCGGUUACUUGAAUCAGGUUAGUAAAGAUAUCUGGAGGGACUGGGCAGAACUUCCAGUUCAGUUUUUGCAUCGAAUCGUCUUCUCGUUCACUGAGGGCACACUGUCGACAGUACAAAAUAAAAAGACAAACAAUUACAAAAGUUAAGAAAUGGAAAAUGCUGAAAAAACAGUUUUGAUUUAUAUCUUUGUUCUUGUUCGAUAAUAGUGGAUGUGAGUUAUAAUUCUGUUCUCGGAGACAUUGUUUGGACCGGGGAUGGGUUGAUAUCUGAAUGCAUCUCAUCCUCUUCACUUGUCUCUUAUGGUGUUUUUCUCCAGUGCCUGUAUUGUAUUGCAAUUCUCGUUGGCUUAUAUUACACUUCGAGGGGGUUUAGAAAGGGGCGAGUCAGGACUGGGUGGUGUAAUAUUUGAAUGGGGAGGGAGAUUUUUGAAAGAGUUUGUGUAUAAAAAAAAAA